AAGCGCCCAUUUCAUCUUGCUUUCAAACCUCCACCUACUGCACUUGCUUCUCUAUUCUUGUCGUCUUCAUCUGCGCUCAGCCGCUGUGAUCGACUUGCUACUUGACAAGGCGUUGAGCCUGUCUGAAAGAUCUCGCUAUGUCGAAGUUCGCCCCACACCGAAGAUCGGCAGCAAACCCUAGAGCAACAUCAUCCACAAUCUGCCAGAAAUGUCUCGGGACAGGACAUUAUACGUACGAAUGCAAAUCAACACGUCCAUACAUCUCACGGCCCUCACGGACUCAACAACUCGAGAAUCCGCGUGUGCUGGCAAAGUUGAAAUCAGCGGGGCAGCCGUCUGUUGAGGUUCCUGAAGAGUUCAAGCAAAAGAGCGGCACCGCAAACAAGAUACUGUCGGCUAAGGAGAAGGAACGAGCAAAGGAGAAGGAACCAUCGAAGAAGAAGGCUAGACGGUCAUCUUCGGACGAAGAGUCGGAGAGUGAUACUAGUUCAUCUGAUUCGGAUUCGGAUUCAGACUCUUCAGACUCGGAAUCAGAAUCAUCUUCCAGUUCCAAGCGAUCGUCUUCCCGCUCCAGAGAACGAGAUGAAAAGAGACGAAGACCGCGUAGGAGAAGUGAAAGCUAUGACAGUGAAAAGGGACGUGGUCGCAGGUCUCCAUCAAGUGAUAGGGAGGGGAGUACCAGGCGGUGAUGUUAAUGUUGUAUAGGGUUGCCAUAUUGUCUCGCUGUUUUCCAUUUUGUGUAUAUUAUUGGAGUCCAAGUAUGAAGGAAGGAUAUACAGAGAAGGUCCAC